UGCUGCCGUUUAGCUAGCCAGUGAGUCAUUUAGCUAUUAAACUCACCCACUGCCGGUCUGGCCAAGAAACUGCACUUUAGGAGCAUUACUUAAUGCUAGGUAGCUAAUGAACUGGCUAGCUAGCUCAAUAAAGUAGGGCCCUAGUGUGUUUCUCCACAGUCUACAACUUGCCUUUGCCUGCCUAGCAAUACUGCAGUCAUGUCCGCGGCAGGAGAUUUUGGAAACCCUCUAAGGAAAUUUAAAUUGGUCUUUCUUGGCGAGCAGAGCGUGGGGAAGACUUCAUUGAUUACCAGGUUCAUGUACGACAGCUUCGACAACACCUAUCAGGCCACAAUAGGAAUAGAUUUUUUGUCAAAAACCAUGUACCUCGAAGACAGAACAGUGAGACUGCAGCUUUGGGACACAGCCGGCCAGGAGCGCUUCCGGAGUCUGAUUCCUAGCUACAUACGAGACUCCACCGUGGCCGUGGUAGUCUAUGACAUCACAAACGUCAACUCUUUCCAGCAAACCACAAAAUGGAUUGAUGAUGUCAGAACGGAGAGAGGAAGUGAUGUCAUCAUCAUGCUGGUGGGAAACAAGACUGACCUUGCAGACAAAAGACAGAUAACCACAGAGGAAGGGGAACAGAGAGCCAAAGAGCUGAAUGUUUUGUUUAUUGAAACAAGUGCAAAGACAGGCUACAAUGUCAAACAGCUGUUCCGACGUGUGGCUGCUGCCCUCCCUGGCAUGGAGAGCACACAGGACAAGAGCAGAGAAGACAUGAUUGACAUAAAGCUGGAGAAGCCCCCAGAACAGCCCAUCAGCGAAGGAGGCUGCUCCUGCUAACUCAAGACUCUCUUUAUCACUCUGUUUCUCUCUCUCCUGCGCUUUGUUGUUCUUGAUCCUUCUCACCCUGGCUUAUUCAAUCCCCCCUAUGUCUCUCUAUACUGUACCUUUUCUCUCUGCUUCACUGCUCUCCCGCUCUGUCUGAACCCCUUGAAUCCUGACUCCUUCUCCCCAGCCUGAAAGAGAAGAACACUACCUGUCCAUCAUCCUUGUCGUUGUGGUAACCCGCUCUCUCACUGAGAUGACCUUAAGCUUAACAAGCACAGUAUGGAUGUGAAUGCUAUUUUAUUUCAGUUGAACUUUCACUCUACUUGGGCAAUAGUUGUUGUUUUUUCAAAGACUGUAUCCUGUUUUUCUGUAAUACGGAAAUGUUUGGUUGCACAAUUUUACAUUUACGUUUUAGUCAUUUAGCAGACGCUCUUAUCCAGAGCGACUUACAGUUAGUGAGUGCAUACAUUU